AAGUCAAAAUUUACUAAACCAAAUAUUGAGGUUAUGUAAUUCGCGAGGUUAACCGUAUAUUAAUUACCGCUAAUAUAACUUAUUAUUUUUGUUAAUACUUUAAAUAUUAUGGAAACCGAUCUUUCUAAUUACAAUUUAGAAGCAGAUAAAGCUUUGGAACAAAUAAGCAUCCUGCGAAAACAGCUGGACGAUUUCAAGUCGAGCAUUGCGAACAAUUCACCGACAAACGUUACCGAUUCGCAAUUAAAGGAAUUGCUCACCGAGAAUACCAAGCUUAAACAUCGCCUCGCGAUUUUGAACAGGGCCAUAUCGAAUUAUUCGUCCUCCGAAGACUCGACUCCAUGCACCAGAAUGCAGAGCAUCAACAACAUAUUGACUGAUUUAUUUACAAUCGCUAUUAGUAAAGCCUGUCCCGAUAUCGAGGAUCCUCCGAUAGUCCUCGCACUGUCUACGAAUCCAAAAUUUAAAGAUUACCAGUGCAAUUCCGCCCUGCCUAUAGCCAACAUCUACAAGCAGCAAAGCAAGAAACUCGCUCCCCGAGAUAUCGCUCAGAAAAUCGUAGAUAAUGUACCGGCUAACGAGUUAAUCGCUGAACUAGAAAUAGCCGGGCCGGGUUUCAUCAACAUCGCUCUAAGAAAAGACUUUGCCUUGAAAAACCUAACAUGCAUCUUCGAACAUGGAGUCAAACCGCCCGAGAUUCCUGCUAAACUGAAAGUUUUAGUAGACUUUUCAUCCCCGAAUAUAGCGAAAGAAAUGCACGUUGGACACUUGAGAUCUACGAUAAUCGGCGACAGCAUAUGCAGGUUGCUGGAAUUCCUGGGGCACGAUGUCCUGCGGAUAAACCACGUGGGCGAUUGGGGUACGCAGUUCGGAAUGUUGAUCGCUCACCUGCAGGACAAGUUCCCCGAUUACCAAGUCAGAUCGCCGCCCAUCGGCGAUUUGCAGGCCUUUUACAAGGAGUCCAAGAAGCGAUUCGACGAGGACGAGGAGUUCAAGAAACGGGCGUACGCCAGCGUUGUUAAAUUGCAAUCGUUCGAUCCCGAACACAAGAAGGCUUGGGAAUUGAUUUGCGAUGCGUCGCGUAAAGAAUUCCAGAAAAUAUACGACCGAUUGGACAUCAAACUCACCGAACGCGGCGAAUCGUUCUAUCAAAACCGAAUGCAACUCAUCGUAAAAGAACUAGACGAUGCCGGUCAUCUGGAAUUAGACGAUGGUCGCAAAGUCAUGUGGGGUGGUCUCGAAUCGAUUCCGUUGACCGUGGUUAAAACCGACGGCGGUUUCACCUACGACACCUCCGACAUGGCCGCCAUCAAGCAACGUUUGCACGAGGAAAAAUCCGAUUGGGUGAUUUACGUCACCGAUGCCGGACAGGCGACUCAUUUUCAAGUGCUGUUCAGUUGCGCCAAAAAGGCGGGAAUAAUCGAUGCGGAGAAACACCGGGUGGAUCACGUCGGUUUCGGCGUGGUGUUGGGCGAGGAUAAGAAAAAAUUCAAAACCAGGUCGGGGGAGACGGUUCGAUUGUUGGAUUUGCUCGACGAAGGUCUGCGGAGGGCGCUCGAUAAGUUGAAAGAAAAAGAAAGGGAUAAGGUUUUGACGCCCGAGGAAUUGAAAAAAGCUCAGGAAUCGGUCGCGUACGGUUGCAUCAAAUACGCCGAUCUCUCACACAACAGAAACCACGAAUACGUUUUUUCGUUCGAUAAAAUGCUAGAGGAUAAAGGCAACACCGCUGUCUACCUCUUGUACGCUCUGACUCGCAUAAGAUCCAUAGCACGUACCGCCGGUUUUUCACCCGAGAAAAUCAUCGAAAUCAGCAAACAAUUCAGCAUCAGUUUGGACCACGAAAAGGAAUGGAAAUUGGCCAAAGUGCUGCUCCGUUUUCCCGACGUCCUGCUGAAAAUCUCCAAGGAUCUGUUCCUGCAUCCGCUCUGCGAGUACGUCUACGAAAUCGCCACGGCCUUCACCGAAUUCUACGACAGUUGCUAUUGCAUCGAAAAAGUAUCCGGGGAUAUAGUGAAAGUUAAUUCCGGCAGGAUAUUAUUGGCCGAAGCGGCCGCUGCGAUUAUGGCGCAGUGUUUCGAUGUACUCGGUUUGAAACCGGUCGAGAAAAUGUAAGAGAAACACAGGAGUUUGUUAU